UCUGUUGCCCAGUCAGACACAACACUCGCUCCGAGUCCUGCCAUUCUCUACUCCACUGUAAUCCGCUAAAAACUAAAUUCAAAUUUUGAAAAAUGUUCGACUGGACGGGCAAGAAUGUGGUCUAUGCUGGCAGCUUCACGGGCAUUGGCUGGCAGAUGAUGAUGCAGCUGAUGCAGAAGAAGAUCAAGAUGAUCGGCAUUAUGCAUCGCAUGGAGAAUGUGGAGAUGAUGAAGAAGCUGCAGGCCGAGAAUCCCGCCGUCAAGGUGGUUUUCAUGCAAAUGAAUCUCAUGGACAAGCUGUCCAUGGAGCAGACAAUGCUGAAAAUGGGCCAGAUGAUGGGACACAUUGAUGUCCUGAUCAACGGCGAGGAUGUGCUGCUCGACAAGGAUGUGGAGACGACAAUGGGCAUAAAUCUGACUGGCAUGAUAAUGAUGACUAUGAUGGCGCUGCCCUAUAUGGACAAGACCCAGAUGGGCAUGGGCGGCAUGGUGAUCAAUCUCGCCUCUGUCUACGGCCUGGAGCCAGCACCCGCCUUUGCUGUGUAUGCCGCCGCCAAGCACGGCGUACUCGGCUUCACUCGCUCGAUGGGCGACAAGGUUAUCUACCAGAAGACUGGCGUCAUGUUCAUGGCCAUGUGUCCGGGUCUGACCAGCACCGAAAUGAUGGCCAAUCUGCGCGACAAUGUCACCUGGCAUCACUCCGAGUCGAUGGUGGAGGCCAUCGAGAGCGCCAAGCGCCAAAUGCCCGAGGAGGCGGCCAGCCAGAUGAUCAAGGCCAUCGAAAUGAUGAAGAACGGCAGCAUGUGGCUGGUCAAUAUGGGACAGCUCAAGGAAGUGAUGCCCACGAUGCACUGGCAGAUGUAGAACGCCAGCGAGCAGAGCUCGUUAUAAAAAACAAAGCAUAAAAAAACAUUUUGUUAGUUGAGCGAAAAUUAAAUUAUUAUUUGGAAGCGUAAA